CAACCGUCAACUGCGUUCGAUAAAGUGCAAACUGUCCUUACAAUAUGGCUUGGUCAACCAGACUCACCUAAACAGCUCAGACGCAGACAAAUGCUACCCGUUGAACUCUAUGCGGAAAUAGCGCAGUCCCUCCCGGCCCAUCACCUCAAAAAGCUGCUGAGCGUGUCGCGCUUGCUUCACGAUGUGGCGCUCCGCCUGCUCUUCUCCACGGUCAAAAUCUAUUUCAUGCACGGAGAGCACGGGUACUACAUGCUCAACACCGAGAACGAGCGAUACGUGGUUGAGACCUCCGAGUUCUGCAGCAACCGCUCCUGGGAAAUGCUGCUGCAUAUUAUCACCACGCCCGCCUUUGCGCGUGUGAUAAAGACAUUCAGUGUCCAUGCGUUUACCGACGGGCCCCAGAUAUUCGAAUAUCGCACACUCGCCCUUGCGCUGAGCGCGAUGCCGAAUCUCCGCAACUUGAACUACUACGGAGAAAACCCCUCGAUUCUGCAUGUUGCCUUCUCCAUUCCCCCGUCCGUCCGUUAUCUUCGCCUGCAGUCACUGCCAGAUGCUGACUUGAUCAGCCACCUCAGCCAACUCAAUGCUCUUCAAGUAGCAAUCCCUUUCUUCUACGUCCGGGAGCAAAAGGUGGACGCUAUCUUCGCAGAGUGGCCGGGCGCAGCAAGCGAUCCGAGGGACGUUAUGGCAGUCGUUGAAUCGAAUCCGAUCCAAGAGCUAGUCAUUCUUUCGGCCCAUUUGCCACUCCUCUCGGUCCGUCUAUGCAACAACCUGACACGACUCGACAUUUGUGUUACGGACUGGGAGCUUGUCGGCGCCGAGCUCCUCUUUCGCCACGCAAGCCAAUUAGAGGGCCUCUCUAUCGUGGGCCAUGUCGACCCUUCAUUUUUCGCCAGCCUGCCCGCCGACCCCGGAGUUCUUCCCCGUCUCACAACCUUCAGAAUAUCCGGUGAACUGUGGGACGAUGAAGUCAUUGGGUUGACCGUUGUCCCUUACUUGCGCCACUUUCUAGAGCGGCGAGUCCGUCUCGAACGACUUUAUAUUCGGCUGCCUGGGCUUGCGUUACAAUUUGCCCUGGCGAUUGUAGACGUCAUCGCGAAGCUGCCAAACAUACGCGCUCUCGGACUCCAUCUCGGGUAUGAAUACCUCCACGACUCCGCCGCGGUCCACCUCGCAGAGCAGCUCUCGCCGCGCAUCGAGGCGCUGCAUCUGGCUAUACCAUGGCUCAGCGAGUCACAUGUCAGGGUGUGGUACCCCAUUCUUAACAGGCUACAACAAUUCGAAAACCUCUCGUUCUUGUCGCUGUUUAGUUCAGGUGAGGACCCGGUGCCCAUCCACCCUGCCGACCUCCUGACUGAUUUACCUCGGUUGCGCCUGAUUGGCUUACAACGUUCGCUGUUCUCUGUCGAUCAAGAGGACAUGGAGGAGCCGGAGCCUAAGCUGUGGACUCCAUGGGCGGUCAAGUAUUGCAUUCGGGAGGACUUUGAGAGCGAUGACCAUUGGUGGUUGUUUAGGUAUCAUUAA